GUUAAACGCUGUGCGGACCGGCCGGCAACAAACAACAGCAGAGAGGAAUUCACGGAACACGCUGAUGAGAACAUUAUGCUUACUUUCAUUAGUACAUGAAUAAUAUGAGUAAAGAAUCACAAAUGAGGGCUGCUAUUAACCAGAAGUUAAUUGAGAUGGGUGAGAGGGAGAGGUUAAAGGAGUUACUACGAGCCAAGCUCAUUGAAUGUGGCUGGAGAGAUCAGCUUAAAGCACUCUGCAAAGAGGUAAUCAAGGAGAAAGGUAUUGAGAAUGUUACAGUAGAGGACUUGGUCGCUGGAGUUACCCCUAAAGGAAGAGCCCUGGUGCCUGACAGUGUAAAGAAGGAGCUACUGCAAAGAAUAAGAGCCUUCCUCGCCCAGCACUCUACAUGAUGCUCAGUAUAUCUGAAUAUACUCUGAGAGUAUCUGUCAUUUUUUAAAUCAGUCUUUGCCAGUAGCAUUGCCAGAAUGCUAUAAAUUAGUUGAACUGUUAAAUGGUGUGAUUUCACUCUUCAUUGUGUAUUUUUGUUACUGCCAGUAAAGGUUAAUCAUGUUUGUACAUACUUUUAUUUUGGCAGCUACAAUAAUUUUAAUAAGUACCUUUUUUAAUUCUUCUCUCCUCUCUUUUGAUAUCUACAUAUAGAUGUUUUCUGUGAUGACACCUUUGUUUUAAGUUGAAUAGUUUUAGCCAAACAUAGUACGGAAACCCUCAUUUUGAAGCACUUUCACCAACAAACCACUGCCCUCUUUUGGGCAAGGCAAGAUGUCUAAAAAUAAACUACCAAAAGAGUG